UUGUCCACCAGACCAAGCAGGGUCCCCCCGCCCAGCCCAGCAGCAAGAAGUCCAAGAAGAAGAAGAACGAGGACGCAUAGAGAAGCUGCCCAACAGACUUGAUGCGUGAUGCCGUUUCUCCCUACCCUCUACCCUCCCGUAACGAACUACCAUGACCUCCUACCUUAAACUCCCCCGCUGUUGUCCGAUUGACUUUCCUCUUGUGUACUAUCCCCCUAUCCAUGGAGAAAAGGCAAAAAAGGCAUCGUUAAUUAGGCCAGGGGGCCGGGCAAGGCGGAGAUGCUAUCUAAUCCUUUGUAAUUUGAGACCCUCUCUAUCUUCGCGUGUUUCCAGAUUCUCCCUCUCUCUCUCUCUCUCUCUCUCUAUGAUUGUUCCAUCUUGCGGUGUCACUUUCGUUAUUCUCGAUCGUCAAAGACGUUGUCUCGGCUCUCAAGGGGCCACCGGGGUGGUGUUAUCAGGCUGCGGAAAGUGAACCCUCACUAACUUCCCAAAUGAACUGGCUGGGCGUCGAAA